CGGUGGUAAUGAUACCAACAUUUCAUUAGAUUAUACUAACAUGUCGUACAUGAUCUCAUUGUCUCUCAAACAACCAUUUCAAGGUUGAUUGUCACCGUGCUGAGCAAGCGGCACGAUGGCAAGGCGAAAGAAGGCAGCAGCGAAGCCCGCGACGCGGCGGAUGCCUCGGCGGGGAAAGGCAGCCGCUGCGGCCGCGGCCGUGGAAGGCGAGUCGUCCGCCGCCGUUGAGCCUCCUCCUGAAAAGCCCGCCGAGCUAGAGCCGCCUGUCGAACCGACACCCGUCGAACCGACGCCUCUCAGCGACUCCCAACCAUCUGUCUCCCAAGACUCGCAAACUAAUCCAACACCAAAACCAACAGUACCCACUGUAGUAGUUCACAAGAAAUUCGGCAAAUAUCGCUGCCUUUUCAACAACGAGGAUUCAUUUACUAGAAGAUAUGACUUAGGAAGUGAUAGUGAAACUAACAGUAGUGUAGAAAUCAGGGUUGUUGACCCCUGUGCUAGCUCAGAAUCUGAUUCAAAUACAGCAGCAGAUACACAGACAGAAAACUGUAUUGCAGUGACAAAUUUUAGUUCUUUGAAUAAUGUCAAUCACCAGAUAAACAUAAAUAUCACAAAUAUGUCAGCAGAAAUACAAACAAAUUCUGUGCUUCCGAUAGCUAAUGAAAUACCAAUGCCAAGUGAAGCCCCUUUGACUGAACUACCUCUAACUUCCGAAGUACCUCUACCUAGUGAACCACCUAUAGCUUCCGAAGAACCUGUUCUAUAUAAGACAUCUGAGCAUAGUGAAAUUCCACUGUUAUCUGAAUCAACCUCAAUUGGAGUAAAUGAAAAUUUACUAGCUGGCAUCUCAUUGCCGUCUGAAAUUCCCCUACCAGUAGGAGCACCAACUUCAUCAGAACCUUUUGUAAUUGAAGCAUCUUUGACUUCAGAAAUUCCGUUUCCUGCAGAGCCGACUCAAGCUAGCAUACCAUAUCCAUCAGAUGCGAUACCAGGCUUGUCAUUGGCUACAGAAGUUCCUCUACCAAUUGGCAUUCCAUUGUUGAAUGAUAUACCAAUGCCUGAAGCACCAGCAACUGACAGUACUUUGAAUCAUCUACCAGAAGCAGCUACAGCCUUAGAAACAAAUACAGAAGUAGCAUAUAAUCAAACUGAUGAAUAUCCAAACAUGGUCAAUAAAGAGAACAUGAACCUAGACAUUCCAGGUGAACAGGAACCAAUGGAGUAUGGCGGUGAUGAUGAAGAGCUCAUAACCAUUGUUCAGAUAGUUGAAGAUGACAACCAAGAGCUGUACUACAAUAUCAAUAUGGACAGUCCAGAUGAGACAACAGAAAAGAAAGAACAGGAUGGAGAAUUUCAAAAACACUUUGAGAAACUGAACAUAACUGCUCAUAAUGCUGUUUCUAUGGACUGUUGUCAACUUGGGUCUAAAGUACAAAUGCCAGAGCAGUUAUCUAGACCAGACCCAAGUCUAACUCCCAGCUCCAUUGUAUCUGAUGACAGUAACUCUUCAAGAGUUGCUGAAACAGCUGUAAAUGCAACUGAGUCAACAGAAUCCUCCCCUACGGGUGUUAGACGCUCAAAUAGAAUAAAGACUAUUAGUAGUCAAAAACAAAAGUCAAAAGGCUAUGGAUUAGUAAAGACUCCAUUAAAGAAAGCUUUAAUCACGCAAACAAAGCUUAAGCUAGAAGAGAACAACUCAGAUAGUCAAGAAAAAUCAGGAGAUACAGCAACUAGCGUUGCACCCAAUUCUCCUUCGUUCCCAGUGCCUUCAGAUCUGCCUGUCAAAGUCAAAUCAAGAUGGCGUCGGUCCAGCGAGCUAGAAAUGGGCGCCAAUUCUCCAGCAAACUCACCGUUGGCUAGCCCUAGUCUGCCUCAGCGGUUGCAAUCAGUACCUGAAGCUCAAAACCCAGAAGACCAAACACACACAUUAACUAAAGAAGCAUAUGACAAAAUUAUAGAUGAGAGAAUGAGACAAUUUCAGCACUUGGAAGAGAAUGAAUAUUUGUGUGAGCGAAUGAUCAGUAAGGAUACAAAGAAGAUGAUUUGCGACUGUUUUAUGACCAAAGAGGAGAUUGAGAGGGGAGAGCUAGGCUGUGGAGAAGACUGUCUGAAUAGACUGCUUAUGAUUGAAUGUAACUCCCGGUGUCCUGUGGGCGACCGGUGUACUAACAGAAGGUUCGAGAAGCGAGAAAAUGGGGCGCUGAAAGUGUUCUACGCUGACAAGAAGGGUUGCGGUGUGGAAGCCGGUGAUGACAUUACGGCAGGCGAAUUCCUCAUGGAAUACGUAGGCGAAGUGCUAGACUACGACCAAUUCUACAAGCGCGCGCAGACCUAUUCCGACGAGAACAACCUUCACCACUACUUUAUGUCUCUAAAAGGAGACACGGUCAUCGACGCGACAAUGAAAGGCAACAUAUCCCGGUUCAUCAACCAUUCCUGCGACCCAAACGCUGAGACGCAGAAGUGGACGGUGAACGGGGAGCUCAGAAUAGGGUUCUUCAGUAAGAGAGAUAUAGCCCUUGGGGAGGAGAUCACGUUUGAUUACCAGUUCAAGCGGUUUGGAAAAGAGGCGCAGCGAUGCUACUGCGGGGCCGAUGCCUGCCGCGGCUGGAUCGGCGCUGAACCCGACUCAGACGACGAAGAUGAAGAGGAGGAGGACGUGUCGACGACGAAGGUUCCGGAAGCGGUGUCGGUCGAGGCUCCGGCGGCCGAGUGCGAGGCGCCGCGCCCGCGCCCGCGCCGGCCGCGCCGCGACCGCGCGUACAAGCCCAGCCAGGACCUGGUGCAAGAUGCAGACAUCGAAGAAGACCUGGAAGCGUUGCACCGCACCGGGGUGAAGAACCAGAGCCACACGCUGCGCCUGUCGCGUACAGUCGUCCGCGCAAAGACACGCCGCGCGCAGGUCGCCCUACUGCGGCUCCUACGCGACGCGGACCUGCCGUGUCGCCGACUGUUCCUCGACUACCGCGGCCUGAGGCUGCUGGCGCCCUGGUGUACCGACGCUCCCAUGGACUUCAGACUCGAGAUGCUACAGACAGUGGAUCGGCUGCCCAUAACAAACAAGACCAUGAUCUCCGAGAGCCGAUUCUUCACCAUCGUCGAGCGGUGGCUGAGCGACACUCCCACUCCUGAUGUCUUCAUUGAUGAAUCCACUGGUUUGCCAGUAGAACUGACCAACAGACCGCAAGACGAUAAUACAGAUGUCAGUUCAGUAUUGGAAAAAGUCAAGGAUCUAUCUAGCCAGUUACUGGAAAGAUGGUCCAGCCUAAAGGAAGCUUUCAAAAUACCCAAAAAGGAGCGCAUCCAACAAAUGAAAGAGCACGAACGCCAAGCCAACGUGGAGCGCCGCGCCGCAGACUCCAGCGGUUCCCGCGACCGCGACCGCGAGCGGCGCGACGAACGCGACCGCGACCGAGAGCGCGAACGCGACCGCGACCGCGAGAGGGACCGUGAGCGGGAACGUGAAAGAGAGAGAGACCGUUAUCGGGAACGAGAGCGUGACAGAGACAGGGAAAGGGAUGAACGGGACAGAAGAAAACGGAGAACCAGUCCUGAAGCCAGGAGAAGUAUAAGGAGCAGUCGAGUGCUAGCCACAGUGCCACCUAUGAGCAAAGAGGAGCGGCGGAGAGCGUUCGCCGAGGCGGCCGCCGCGGCCGAGGACUCACGUAGACAGCGGGAACAACACUAUGCUCACUACUGGCCCGAGCAGGCCUUCCCACAGAUGUUCCCCCCCGGAAUGAUGGGCGCCCCGCCCAACAUGAUCCCGGGCAUGCCGCCGGGAAUGCCCCCGGGGCUGGGCGGGAUGCCGGGGAUGCCCGGGCUGCCCGGGCUGGUGCCGGACGUGGAGUGGCGCGGCCCCGCGGGCGACUUCCCCGGCCCGCCCGGCUUCUGCCCGCCGUUCGGAGGCCCGCAGCAGUUCUGCAUGCCGCAACCUAAUAUCAUGGGCAUGGGCGGGUACGGGAUGCCGGGGUUCAUGUUCGGGCAGCAGAUGCCGCCCAAUGCCUUCCCGGCCACACCGCAAGCUGAAGCCAUGAUGCCAGUAGCGGAGCAGCCUCCCUCUGAGGUGAUCCUGCCGUCGCACUGGCGCUCGGCGCUGGACGCGCGCGGGCGCACCUACUACUACCACGUGAAGCUGCGCCAGCCGCAAUGGCUGCCGCCGCCGCCGCCCGCUGCCAACGGAGACGAUAGUUCGUCAGAGGAGGAGGCCGAGAUGCCCGCCGACGCGCCGGCCGUGAGGCGCCCCGGCAAGGUUGUCGAAGGAGUCAACGGAAUCAUUUAUGAAGUGAUUAAAGAUAAUCCUCACAACGGCCUGAUUCCCGACCACGCGCUAGUGAGCGUUAAGCCGAGAAAGCGGCGCCCGGGGCUGGUCUCCGAGCGGCCCAUCAGUCCCCGAACGGAGGAAGACAAGCUGGCCGGGCGGCUCGAGGUGAAGCGCUACAGGCAGACGAAGGAGAAGCUCCGGCGGCGCCGCGAGAAGCUGCUGCACAAGGUGCGCCAGCUGGCGCAGCGCUCCAGGAAACACAACGUCGACCAACUCAAGAUCGUGGACCUCGUCGAAUCCGACUCAGACUCCGAAGCCUCAGUUGAAGAGACCGAGCCAGCGCCGGUGGCGGCGGCGGCGGUGAUCGAGCCCGAGCCCGCACCGGUCCCAGUCCCAGUCCCAGUCCCAGUCCCAGUCCCCUCUCCCCCCAUAGACGCCGAGGAAGCCGCGAGGAAACUGAAGGAACAGUUCCGGAGCAGCAUGGCCAGGGUCAUGGUGCACCAUCUCAACCCGUACCGGCAUUCUGACGCGCCCGCUGGUCGCAUUACUUGCACGGCCGACUUUAAACAUUUGGCUAGAAAGCUAACCCACUUCGUGAUGCUGAAAGAGCUGAAACACUGCCGCUCUGUAGACGAGCUGGUGGUGACGGACUCGGUGCGCUCCAAGGCCAAGGAAUUCGUCCGCAAGUACAUGGCCAAGUUCGGCAAGGUGUACCGCCGGCCUGCCGAGGAGGCCGACUAGCGGCUACUCCGGGCCGCCGGG